CUCUUAAAUCUUAAUAUUAAGUUUAUUUGAAUUUUGAAAUGAUUAAUUUUCAUUAAUAGAUUAAUAAUAUAUUAUUUUGAUUUUAAUGUUAUUAAUUUUGUGAUUUUGUAUCUUAGAUUUUUUUAAUUUAAUAGCAUAUUUUUAUUUAAAAUUUUAAAUAAUUAUAUUUAUUAAUUAUAUUAUAUAUUUUUAUAUUUUAGCUCCUCGCUUCGCUCGGGCGAGCGCCUAGCGCCUCGGGCGUUUUUGGACCUUGGCGCCUAGCGCUUUUUAAAUCACUGCUCCCGCCAGAGGCGCCUCGUCACCCGAAAUCUCCUGCUAGAAGCCAUUCGUAAUAAUAAGUUUCCCGCCAGGCCCUACGCUGCUCCACCAGGCACGCCACGUGGCGCGGUGGCACCUGGGAAAACCCCAGCGCGCUGCUCAACGACGCCCCCCAAUCUUCAUCCGAGUCACACCAGAUCGGUUCCCGACUUGCGACUCGUCAGUCCCGCUUGAGCUCGAGCACAGUCCCUCGACCCACAGGCCCAAUCUUUUCCCGAGUCGCGCCAUAUCGGUCCUCGACUUGUGACUCGCUAGUCUUUAUCCGAGUCGCGCCAGAUCGGUCCCGUGACUUACGACUUGUCAGUCCUGCCUGAGCCUGAGCAUAGUCCCUCAGUCCACAGGCCCAGUCUUUUCCUGAGUCGCGCCAGAUCGGUUCCCGACUUGCGACUCGCCAGUGGUUAUCCAAGUCACGCCAGAUCGGUCCCCCGACUUGCUACUCGUCAGUCCCUCGGCCCAUAGGCUCAGUCUUUUCUCGAGUCACGCCAUAUCGGUUCCCGACUUGCGAUUUGUCAGUCCUGCCUGAGCCCGAGCACAGUCCCUCGGCCCACAGGCCCAGCCCAGUCUUUUCCCGAGUCGCGCCAGAUCGGUUCCGGACUUGCGAUUCAUCAGUCCCGCCUGAGCCCGAGCACAGUCCCUCGGCCCACAGCCCUAGUCUUUUCCCGAGUCGCACCAGAUUGGUUCCCAACUUGCGACUCGUCAGUCUUGCCUGAGCCCGAGCACAGUCUCUCAGCCCACAAGCCUAGUUUUUUCCCGAGUCGCGCCAGAUUGGUUCCCGACUUGCGACUCGCUAGUCUUUAUCCGAAUCGCGCCAGCUCGGUCUCCUGACCAGCGACUCGCCAACAUCAUCCUGUAUGGGCCCAGCCACUCGACCGAUGGUGCAAAUUCUUCCCAAAGCAUAGGGCGCCACCCCCGAACUGCCUCACGACGAGCCAAUCCAGCUUCCCCUCGCAAGCAAUCAACACAACCGUGGCAUUCCGACCCAAGCGCACACCUCGCCCUCUCAAGGACCCCACGACAUGCCUCGAUGGGGGGGGGGGGGGGGAGAAGUGUUAAGGUAUAUUUUGGGUCCAAGCCACGUCACGAUCGACGCCAUGCCAUGCUACAGCCAAGUCAGCAAGAGGAGCACCCCCACGUGCCGAGCCAUAAUUCGUACCAAGCCGUUGCUCGGUACGUCCCGUCCCGGAAAGCAUCGCAUGGCGCCGUUCCGUGCGCCCCGGGACGGCGGUCGCACGAAGGUACCAUCUCACCUGUCGAGGAUCGGUCACCACGCCAAACCUGCGUACAAUCGACUCUCGUACAAUAGUAUAAAAACCCCUGGCCGACAUCCGGCCCAGGGGGAGGCAAAAAAACAAAUCAGCCCGCCACUGACUUACUUGUCGAGGGGCCACAAUCGGUAAACACCCGAGGGGGCCUUCUGUGCAGGAAAGCGGAUCUCCCUAAGGCGAGACCAUCCCGAUCGAGAGAGGCGUUUCAACAUUCCGACGCCAGCACCCCGUUCAGAGGGCGCGAUCGACCUGGGCUACCGUCCCACCCGGCCGAAGACUCCCGACAUCGACUCGUGAACCAGGCCGUGCUAACUCAUCAGCCACGGCGCAUCAGUUCACCAACAGUGGGUACCUAAGCAUUGGAAGAUUCUUUGGUCGCAAAGGUCAUGUCAUAAGCUUUGCCUUGUUAGGGCAAGUUGAGUACAGAGAGACACGACAAUCACAAAGGCCAUGUUGGAUGUAUCAGAUGGUUAAUCGAGUGUGGGGAGAUGCCUUGGUUGCAAGUGCCACAUGGGACACAUCAUAUGCUUAAGGCAUAUUGGAGUAUGAGGAGGCGUGUUGAUGGUGAAGGUCAUGUUGGGUGCAUCAAAUGUCGGAAGACACAUUGGCCACAAGGGUAACAUCGAAUGUGUCACACACUUUGUAUAAUUAAGGUGCAUCGAGUGUGGGGAUGUGCUUUAGCCAUGAGGGUCGUGAGAGUGAAUCCAUGCUUUGCUUGAUUAAGGCAUAUCGAGCAUAAGGUGACACUUGGUCAUGAGGGCUACAUCGGGCAUGUCAUACACUGAAUGUAUCGAUAGAAUGAAGACACAAUGUCUACGAGGGUCAUAUCAAGCAUGUCACACACUUUGUCCAAUUAGGAUAUGUGUGAUCGUGAGUGCUGCAAUGUGCAUGUCACACACUUUGCUCGAUGAUUGACCUUGUGUUGGGGGGGUAAUAUGUGUCCAAAAUUGGAUCUCACUCUAAGGUCAAAAGAUGCUCAUACACAUACUUGCUAUAGCGGUUGCUUCCUCAUGUGGCAAACUCAUGUUGGUUGCACCAUCAUGAUGGUUACUUUUUCAAGAUGACCUCAAGUUAAUCGCACUAUCAUGAUAGUCCCUUCUUCAAACGACCUCAUGUCAGUCAUAUAUUUGUGAUGGCCGCUUCUCAAGACAAUAUCAAAUUGGCUACAACAUGAUGAUGGCACUUUCUCAAGACUAUUUCAAAUUGAUGGCUUCUUCAAGUUAGUCACACCCUCAAGAUGGACAUUUGCAAAGAUGACUACCGUCAAGCGGAUCACACCAUCCAUUGAACCCGCAACUUUUCUUCUUCCUCACAACAACGGUGCUCCAUCAAACCUCGAAGACUUGCCUAAACUAAUCUAAUCGAUCGAUACCCCUUCAAGCAACGACACUGCUCCGCCUUUGUUCCUCCAAGCGACAGCACUUCUGACAACCGAUAGAAUAUAGACCUAAACAUUACUCGGAUUAUCGUUCUCCCAUGAUGAAUGAAAACAAAAACAUAGACCUAAAUUAUAGGUUAUGUGAGAAGAAAUAAGAAUUUUUUUGCUUUCAUUUAUUUUGAAAUAUGUCAAAUUUUCUUAAUUUUCAUCCAAGACAAGACAAAGUAUCAUACUAUAAAUAAAAUCUCAUUAAAAAAUAUAUUGUAAAUUAUACAUGUACUUUCUAAAUGCAAAGCAUAUAACUCAAUAUAUUAGCCUUCCAUUAAGGCUAGAAAGAGAACCUUGCUUCUGUCCAUAUGUUUCCAAUAAAAUUUAACUUUUUUAAUUCACCCUAUGGUAAGUAUUAAUUCUUGUUCAUCCUUUUGAUUUUCUAAUGUUUCCUGCUAUAAUGGUUACGAUAUCUGUAAUAUUUCUUUCUUCUUCAGCUCGAUAUUUCCCAUAACUUGUUGUGGAGUUAUAAAUAAAUAGGAGUAUCAACUAGAAAUCUGUGUUUAACACUCUAAAAUCAUGGAUUGGAGAGGAUGGUCAGUUCUUCUUUUCUUGGCCUAAUGUUUUCUUACGUGGAGUCCAGCAGCAGGAGAUAAUAUUUGGGAUCUCUCCGCAGAAGAAGACAAGGAGUUAGAGAGAGAACUCCAAACCCUUAACAAGCCUUUUGUUAAAUCUUUCAAAGACAAGUAUGGGAUUACCUAUGAUUGCGUGGACAUUUAUAAUCAGCCAGCUUUUGAUCACCCUUUGCUUAAAAAUCACAUGCUUCAGCCACAUGGUUACCUAAAUACAAUGACAACACAAAUAGGCUAUCGACAAAGCAAAUCUUUCCAAAACGAUGUCCUACAGGAACUAUUGUCAUCAGACGGACGACAAAAGAGGAUCUAAUAAGAGCAAGAAAAUAUACACAUCAAAUACAAUCACGUGUGCAACCACUACAAGAACAAAUGGCCGAUACCAGUGGGGGAGCUUUUCAUUAUGCUCGAGUGUCAAUUGAUGCUGGUAAGGGACCAAAGUAUUAUGGUGCAAGCACAGACCUGGACGUUUUUCAGCUUUCAGGUGUUUCAGAGAACCAAGCAAGCACAAGCCAGAUCAUCCUUAGCAAGGGAGAAAGAGGUCCCAGAAAUUACAUUAACAGCGUUCAAGCUGGAUGGCAUGUGAAUUAUCAAUGGGAGGGGGACAAUUCGACUCAUUUCUUCACAUAUUGGACUUCAGAUGGUUCUCAGAAGACUGGUUGUUAUAACCUAGUCUGCAAGAGGUUUGUCCAGAUCAGUACUAGGUUGGCUCCCGGCAUGAUCUACACACAAAGCUCUUUGUCACUCUCAAUUUACAGGGAUCGGUUCACUUUGAACUGGAUGCUUUACAACGACAGGGAACCAGUGGGGUAUUGGCCAAAGGAAAUCUUCGACAACAUGGCAGAUUGUUCACAGGUGCAGAUGGGGGGAGAUGUCUACUCGCCCCUUGGUGAGCCAAGUCCACCAAUGGGCAGUGGCGUGCUCAAUGAAGCAAAAUUCACGAGAGUUCUCCUAACGGAUGGACGUGGUAAUGACAUAAAGGUAACGGAGUACACGACAAUUAAUGAUCUUCCUAACUACAUCUACGGUGUUACCUCGGAUCUUCAAACGUUAACUUAUGGUGGGCCUGGAGGUUGGCGGAAAGCUUAAUCUUCAUGGGACAAAAUUGUGAUAUGAAUGAUCGAUCUAUUGUGGUGUAUGCUUUGGAGUUAAUAUAACCCUAAAAUUAUCAUGUUGACACUGUCGUAUAAGAUUUUUUAUUGCCCAUGUGAGUCUAUAUAAGGCUCAAAACUAUUCAA